CUCCUGGAGUUCGCGGUGUGACAGCAGCGAGUCCCGGCUUCGCAGCGGGUCCGGGCGAGGACAGGUCGGGCUGGGCGCCGUGUGCCUCCUCCACACGUUCCCUUUCCCCGUCGCCGCUCGCAGUGCUAACUUCCGCGCCUCUACAUCACCUUCUGGCCGAGACCCGGCCUGUCCGCUUUUAGGCUCAGGAGGCUUUAGUGGUUUAAAAAACAAAACCAACAACAACAAAAAAACCCAAACCAAAAAACCUGCUUGAGAGGAGGGGGCGUGGUGGGGAAGGAUGCGAAACCUGGUUUUCCUGCUCGGCUUCUGGAACGUCUAUUGUUGCUUCCCGGCGGGAAGUCUCACAACCUUGCGUCCCCAGGGGUCGCUGCGAGAUGAGCAUCAUAAACCCACUGGAGUGCCAGCUACCGCCAAACCCUCUGUGGCUUUUAACAUCCGCACUUCUAAGGACCCAGAGCACGAAGGGUGUAAUCUCUCCCUUGGUGACAGCAAAGUCUUAGAAAACUGUGGCUUCAACAUGACAGCCAAAACCUUCUUCGUCAUUCAUGGAUGGACGAUGAGUGGCAUGUUUGAAAGCUGGCUACAUAAACUUGUAUCAGCCCUGCAGAUGAGAGAGAAAGAUGCUAAUGUAGUGGUGGUUGAUUGGCUGCCCCUGGCUCACCAGCUGUACACAGAUGCGGUCAAUAACACCAGGGUGGUGGGCCAGAGAGUAGCUGGGAUGCUUGACUGGUUGCAGGAGAAGCAAGAGUUUUCUCUUGGAAAUGUUCACUUGAUCGGCUACAGCCUUGGAGCACACGUGGCUGGAUACGCUGGCAACUUUGUGAAAGGAACAGUGGGCAGGAUCACUGGUCUGGAUCCCGCAGGACCCAUGUUUGAAGGGGUAGACAUCAACAGGAGGCUGUCCCCAGACGAUGCAGACUUUGUGGAUGUCCUACACACCUACACUCUGUCCUUUGGCUUGAGCAUUGGGAUUCGGAUGCCUGUGGGCCACAUUGACAUCUAUCCCAAUGGCGGUGACUUCCAGCCAGGCUGUGGAUUCAACGAUGUGGUCGGAUCUUUUGCUUAUGGAACUAUCUCAGAGAUGGUGAAAUGUGAGCACGAGCGAGCCGUACACCUCUUUGUCGAUUCUCUGGUGAAUCAGGACAAGCCGAGCUUUGCCUUCCAGUGCACGGACUCCAGCCGCUUCAAAAGAGGGAUCUGCCUCAGCUGCCGGAAGAACCGUUGUAAUAACAUUGGCUACAAUGCCAAGAAAAUGAGAAAGAAGAGGAAUAGCAAAAUGUAUUUAAAAACCCGAGCUGGUAUGCCUUUCAGAGUCAACCACUAUCAGCUGAAAGUUCACAUGUUCUCUUACAAGAACAGCGGGGACAUCCAGCCCACCCUCUACAUUAAGCUGUAUGGUAGCAACGCAGACUCCCAGGACCUGCCCUUGGAAAUAGUGGAGAAGAUUCAGCUGAAUGCCACAAACACCUUCCUGGUCUACACCGAGGAGGACUUGGGCGAUCUUUUGAAGAUCAAACUUACCUGGGAGGGGGUAUCCAGUUCCUGGUACAACCUGUGGAAUGAGUUUCGCAACUAUCUGUCUCAGCCCGGCAGCCCCUCGAGGGAGCUGUCUGUCCGACGAAUUCGUGUCAAGUCUGGGGAGACCCAGCAAAAAGUGGUAUUUUGCAGUCAAGACCUUAUGAAGACUAGCAUCUCUCCUGGCCAGGAGCUGUGGUUUCACGAGUGUCAGGAUGGCUGGAAAAUGAAAAACGAAACCAGUCCCUUCGAGAAGCUGGCCUGAGGGCCCAGGAAGUCCUGAUGUCCACACCCACACCCCACUGUCCACGCACAUGGAGGAAAGUUACUGCUGAAGACCCACUUAAUGGGAAGAUCUCAGCUUUGAGCCCCACGAGGAGCUUGCUUUCUGGGUUCAUCCUGUCUCCCCUGACAACUGUGACUUCUCCCCCAAGAGGCCUGUGCACUGCUGAAGUUCUUGCUGACAAUUCUAACUCCAAACUUCUGUUGCCACCUCAGGAAGCUGAGUCCAGGUUGUGUGUGAGCACUGGAAUGGCCAGAGCCUUGUACACUUGGGGAUGCUCUCGCUGUCGCUGGGUGAGCGCUGGCUUUGUCCAACAUCAGGGAACACGGGCUCUGAAGUGGCUCUGUGUGGAAGGUUGGCAGCUGUUUGGCCUCACUGAACCUCAGUGACAAGUCUUUGCCUCAGGAGCUGACUCGUGCCAUACAUAAUGGCAACCCUGUUUCCUAGAGAGGGGACUGUAGAUCAGGCUGGGACUGUUGCCUUCCUAUACGAGGUACUAAUGGAUCCUGGUUCUAUCCUGAAUAUUUCACCCUGCCUCCCAGAUCACCUUCUGAAGUUCACAUUGUUGGCAUUUCCUUUCUACAUUCUUCAUACUUUGGCUGAACAAACAUUUAUUGGGCACUUUAACUAAUUAGCACCAGGCGGUAGACACAUGACUCAACUUUGGCAUUUGGAGCCAAUGGGAUUGGGAGCCCCGUAAUCUCUCAAGUUCUCGGGGGGGGGGCCCUGAAAAUGCCUGUGUUAGUUAAAGACAGAAGGGAUCAAGGCGAGGGCUACAGGCCGAGAGAGCCUGGGCUUCGAAGCCUUUAUGUACUAUUUCCUCUGAGGGCCACCCUUGAUCACUAGCAAAACAGUAAGCAGAGGAACAUCACGCGUGCUGGCCACAGUGGUGGAGCAAAGUCUCUGCUGGUUAGGGAGCUAGACGGUACUGCAUGAGUUCUACAUACCUGGCUGUGCAGAAACCAGUGCCGUGGACAGAGCUGGCUUGACGCUUGCUACAGCGCUCUUUCUCCCAUGAAGCAGUUUGCUUUUACAUCAGUGCCUUAUCUGUUAAACUCCUGGAGGAAAGCCCCCCUAUUCUAGAUCUUAAUGUGAACUGAUAAAUGUGAUACCCGGAGACACCCUUCUGUAGUUUUUAGACAGCUUGCCUGUGUGCCGCCUAAUUAGAGUGCAGGGAGCAGGCAGCUGUUAUUAUUCCUGUUUUACCAAGUCAAGGCUUAGGGGAGUUCAGUCACUUGCUUAGAUGACAUAUCAAGUUGAUGGUGGGGGGCGGGGCAAGCUAAGGACCCAGCAAGGUUUCCUGGAGGCAGAGUUCAUGAAACUCCAUAAGGAUGCCUGCAGCUAUUUCCUAUCCGAUGUGAUAAGCAGGGGAUCCUUUUCUUUAGAGCUAUCCAUAAAAUCUAAACCUUUUCCUUAGACACAAGCAGAAGAACUCAUGGGGGAAGGGUUAAGUUUUUCUGAGUGUGCUGUCAACCUGGAGGCGGAGGGGUGGGUGGGAGAGUGAUCAUUCUGCUUUGGUUUGUAAUGGACAUUCUUGUAUUGUACCAACUGUAUAUAUAUCACUAUUUCAUGCCAAAGUUCUGAAGACGUAACCAGUUGACUCUUCACACGGAGUGCCCUCUCCAGCCCCCGGCGUGCUUCUGUGAUUGCUUUCUAGCCAAAGUGAAGCUCGUUAGUGGCCAGCCAUGCAUCCUGCGACUCCCAGCUUGGGUUUGGUAAUGGAAGUGUGGAGAGCUGACUCCUCUGUAGGUCAUGUGCUUAUCCACUUGGCUUGAAGCUUUGUUUGUAUAUCUGAUGCUUUUUAAAAAAUGCUCAGACCAUUAUUUAUUUCUUGAGUGUAUAUAAUGUGUAAAGACAAAUAUAUGCUUAGUUUUUACUUUUAAGAUUAACCGAUUUCAAUAUUUACCAAAAAAUUUUAAUAGUAAAAUAAAAAAGUAUACAACUCUUA